AUGGUGGCCUUGAAGCUAUUAGAGCGAAAUGACGAGUCCGAGGACUCCAGUGACUACAGCGUCGAGAAUGACGAGUUCGACGACGUUGCGUCUGGAUCCGACGACGGCGGCGCCGACGAGGCUGAGGAGGGUUUGGAUGUCGUUGACGCGGAAAACCUUCACGGCAAGGUCGACAUGACGGACCUGUCGGCGGUGAAGGGCCGUAUUGAGAGCAUCUGCGGCGUGUUGUCGAACUGGUCGUCUGCGUCUAAGAGUGGCGUGGUGACCAAGAAGCGAGGCGCCUACAUGAGGGAGCUGAGGGAGAUGGUGAGCGCGUACUACGGCUAUUCAGAUGAGCUGGCGGAGUACUUUUUGCAGCUCUUCAGCCCUACUGAGGCCAUUCAGCUCUUCGAAGCCAACGAGAGACCACUACCGAUGACCCUUCGUGUAAACACGUUGAAGACACGGCGUAAGGAAUUGGCUGCUGCACUUAUCGCAAGGGGGGCUAACGUCGACCCCGUUGGCAACUGGAGCAAGGAGGGCCUGGUCGUGCACUCCUCUCAGGUGCCCAUCGGAGCCACGCCGGAGUACCUCGCCGGGCACUACAUGAUGCAGUCGGCGGCUUCCAUGAUCCCCGUGCUUGCGCUGGGCGCUCGUGAGAAGGUGCUGGACAUUGCGGCGGCACCUGGAGGCAAGACCACGCACAUCGCACAGAUGAUGAACAAUGGUGGCAUUUUGUACGCCAACGACCUGAACAAGGACCGCUGCACCGCGUUGGUUGCCAACAUCCACCGGCUGGGAAUCACAAACACUAUCGUGACCAAUUACAACGGUUUGGACCUGAAGGGCGUGCUGCCUCCGUUGGACCGUGUUCUCUGCGACGCCCCGUGCUCCGGUCUAGGUGUUAUUUCAAAGGACCCCUCGGUGAAGGUCAACCGGACUGUUUUGAACCUGCAGCAGAACGCCGAUCUGCAGAAACGCUUGCUGCUGACGUGCAUUGACAUGGUGAACAGCGGCAGCAAGAACAACUGCGUGGUGUACUCCACCUGCAGCAUAUCAGUGGAGGAGAAUGAACACGUCAUUGACCACGCGCUCAAGAUGCGCGACGUCAAGCUCGUGCCUCUGGGUGUCGACGUGGGUUCGCCCGCACUGUCUCAUUUCCGUGGAAAGCACUUCCACCCGUCGAUUGGCAUGUAUGCGCGGCGCUUUUAUCCGCACGUGCACAACCUUGAUGGGUUCUUCGUCGCGAAGCUGGUCAAGCUGAGUUCGAAGGUUCCGACCUUGACGAAACGCCAUCGCGAACCGAGGUCCAAGCACGAGGAUGCGUCUGAGCGCGAGCCGAAGUUGCGGAAAAAGCACAGCGGAAAGACGGGCAAAUCCAAGGCGCCCAAGGAUGUGAGUAGCGGGAAACAAGAAGAGGAGGUCGAUCCGGACGUGACCUCUCUGCCUGUUAAAAUUGCGCAAAAGCAAAAGGAGAAAAAAACAAAGCUCGAAUUCGAUGAACCCCUACCCGAAAAGAAGGCUAAGAGCACGAAGUCUGGCAAAGCUUCGGACGUUGUCAAGAGCACGAAGUCUGGCAAAAGUUCGGAGGUCGUCAGGAGCACGAAGUCUGGCAAAAGUUCGAAGGUUGUCAGGAGCACGAAGUCUGGCAAAAGUUCGAAGGUUGUCAAGGAUUCGGCGUCGAAAAAGGUAAAGAAGCAAGCGAAGGACCUGAAGCGCAGCUCCGCGAAAUCGAAGGCAAAAGCGAAGACGUCUAAGGCUGCGAAGCACUCGAAGUCCUCGUCGAAGAGGCAACGUUAG